GCGCGGGGGGCGCGGGGGCCGGGCCGGGGCAUGUGCGGGCCGCGCGGGCAUGGCGUCGGCCGUGUUUGAGGGCACCUCCCUGGUGAACAUGUUCGUGCGGGACUGCUGGGUGAACGGCACCCGGCGGCUCAUCGUCAACGGCCGGGGCGACGAGGAGGAGUUCUUCGAGAUCCGCACCGAGUGGUCGGACCGCAGCGUCCUCUACCUGCACCGCAGCCAGGCGGACCUGGGCCGCCUCCUCCGCCGCCUCCGGGACUCCUUCCCCGACGACCGGCCCCAGCCGGCCCGCUCCCCGCUGCUUCGAGGGCUAAUUGCCAUCAAGGAUGCUCACGAUAUAGAAGCUAGGCUUAAUGAAGUGGAGAAGCUCCUCAAGACUAUUAUAAGCAUGCCAUGGAAAUAUUCCAGGUCAGAAGUUGUCCUUACCUUCUUUGAAAGAUCUCCUCUCGAUCAAGUAUUAAAAAACGAUAACGUUCACAAAAUUCAACCAAGUUUUCAAAGUCCCAUCAAAAUCUCAGAAAUCAUGCGGUCUAAUGGAUUCUGUUUAGCUAAUACGGAAACAAUUGUGAUUGACCACAGUAUUCCAAACGGGAAAGACAAGCACUUGGAUGCAGAGUCGACGGAACACUUGUUUGAGAAUGGCAGUGAGUUUACCUCAGAGCUGGAGGACAGCGAUGACCCAGCAGCUUACGUCACCAAUCUGUCCUACUACCAUCUCGUCCCCUUUGAGACAGAUAUUUUGGACUGAGGCCACUGGGGUCGCCAUCCAGCCUGCGGCCAAGCCUUUCCGGACGGGUUCUGCCUCAGUCCCACAGCUUCCAAUUCUACUGACACCAGCUUUGAAUCCAGUGUUGGGGCUUAGCCCUUCCUUGGGAUUCAGAACGCAUCUUAUGGUACCAGUCGCUUCGAAGACAAUGAAACAGAGAGGCUCACUUCCAUUUCAGCAUAUUCUUCAGGCCUAGGGGAAGUACCAUAAUAACCACGGCAAUCACAGACUGCAGCCUGCUAUUUUCAUAAUGAUAUCUGAACACCCACUGGGUGGAGCGGCUGUACUAAGCGCUUGGGAAAGUACAACGGAAAGAAGAGACACAUUCCCUGUCCGCAAGGAGCUUAACACUCUAAUGAGGGUGAUGGACAUAACGAAUAUUUACAAUGGCUUCCAUAUUGCCACUCGGUGAACUGUACCUUCACCCCACCCGAGCAGCUGCUGCUUCUUCCCCAGUGUGCUAGGUAUCACAGGAACCUGCAGGAAACACCCACACUGCCUCCAUUCAUCUACAUUAAGCGUCUUUCUCUUUCCCAAUUCCUCCAAUUUCUGACAGGAGGAACGGUCUGCCCCUUGAAUGACUCUGGUCAAGUGUUCAGGGAAUUUGAAGAUAGAUUCCGACCAACUUUCAGAUUCUGGAGAUUCAAAGGGAAAAGGAAUUCAUCCAAUCAUCAGUGGCUUCAGGAUUUUCCUGGGAACCAAGUUAUUUUUUUUUUCCAGUUUGGAUGCAUUUAAGCUUUGUUACCACCUGAUAGCAGGAUACAGAAGGAUAGUCAACCCAUGGGAUGUCUUUUCUAGAGGAGAAAAGGAGUUGGCAUAUAAGAUUGGACCAAGAGCAAGUCAGACCAGAAAACAAAAUUCCAUUCCAGGCUAACAGCAUCUGAUCAGCCCCUCCACAUGAGGAAUAAUGACUUAUUGAACUCCCACUGAGCAGUCUGCUGUUUGUCAAGUAUUUCAAUCAACUAAUUGCCAUAAUUAAUCUGAAAGGAGGGAAACAGGAGAGUGUCUUGAGCAGGUUGCCUGCGUGUUAAUGGUGCUUUUGACUGGGAGACUAUUCUAGUGUUCAUCCCUCUCUAUAAGCCUUUCAUUGUUCAGUGUGUACUAACCACAAGUAUUUGCUCGUGUAAAUAAUGAGAGUAAAUUAUUGAAUCCUAAUUCUUUUACACAACUGUUUUAAAAUCUAUUUUAAUGAAAUGUAUUACUCUCCUAAAAUAUAUUUAAGAUACUGCAGUUUAAAGACA